AUGUGCCUCCUGUCCAACAUGGCGGUGUUCAGAGGCUACUCCCGCCCGCCCCGAAAGCCAAUAUCUCCCUCCCUGCCCGACCACCUCGUCCCCCACAUCACCGUCAUCCGCCCCGUCAAGGGCCUCGAGCCACAGCUGUACGAGUGCCUCGCCUCCACCUUCCGCCAGACCUACCCGCGGUCCAAGCUGACCGUCAACCUCUGCGUCUCCUCCGAGGACGACCCUGCCUACCCGGUCCUCGAGAAGAUCGUCGAUGACUUUGGCAGCAGCAGCAAUGGUGGUAGGGGGAAAGGGUACGACGUGCGCCUGCUCGUCGAGGAGUACGACCCCCUGAUCUCGGGCCUCGACGGCAACGAGCUGGGGCCCAACCCCAAGAUCCGCAACAUCAGCCGCGCCUACCGCGAGGCCCCCGCCGACUCGCUCAUCUGGGUCAUGGACUGCAACGUCUGGAUACCCAGGGACGUCGCGGGCCGCAUGGUCGACAAGCUGCUGGGCCUCCUGCCGGGCGGGAAGACCACGACGCCCUACAAGCUCGUCCACCAGCUGCCGCUCGUCGUGGACAUUAACGACGACAAGAACAAGAACGACCCAACAACAAGCAGCAGCCUCCUCCUCUCCAGGGCGUGGCGCACAGGCGGCGGCCGCCUGGACGAGAUGUUCAUGGCGACCACCCACGCCAAGUUCUACAGCGCAAUCAACACGGUCGGCGUCGCGCCCUGCGUCAUCGGCAAGUCCAACAUGUUCCGCAAGGCCCACCUCGACACCUACACCCAGCCCGCCCACAACCCCGGCCUCGCCCCCUCCGACGCCGCCCGCGGCACCGGCGUCGACUUCUUCAGCAGCUACAUCUGCGAGGACCACCUGAUCAGCGACCUGCUGUGGAACGCGCCCAUCCCGCCCGACACCACCACCGCCACAACAACAACCACCAAGCCGCAGCCCCCCCGCCCCUUCGGCAACCACGCCCUCGUCCCAGGCGACCUAGCAAUCCAGCCCGUGUCCGCGGUCCCGGUCCCAGCCUACUGGGCCCGCCGCGUCCGCUGGCUCCGCGUGCGCAAGUGGACCGUCCUCCUCGCGACCCUCGUGGAACCCGGCGUCGAGUCCCUCCUGUGCAACCUGUACUUCGCCUACGCCGCCACGACGCUGCCCCGGUUCGCCACGAACCUCGGCAUCCCGCAGACGUGGGGCGCGACGGCCGCCCUGUGGGCCGCGGGCGUGGGCAUCUGGAUGGGCUGCGACCGCGCCGUGCACGCGCGGCUGCACUCGUGCGCGUGCGUGGACGAGGACGCCGACACGCCGUUCUUUGCGCGCGGCGCUGGGCACGCCAGGUCGCUGGCCGAGUGGGUCCCCGCCUGGCUUGGCCGGGAGCUCCUCGCGCUGCCCAUAUGGACGUGGGCCGUGCUGCUGGGGACGACCGUGACGUGGCGCGGCAAGAGCUUCCGCGUGCGGAGCGACAUGAGCGUCGUGUCGCUCGAUGGUGAAAGAGGCGGCGGCGGCGGUGGUGAUGGGGCGGCGGCUGGUGCUGCCAACGAAGGCAAGGACUGGGCCGCGCGAGAGCAGCAGAAUGGUGGUGCUGGCGGGGCGCGCGCAGGGCCGCAACAUCAGGACGUCCCGCGCUGGGAGGGCCGGCCGACGGCGACGCACAGGAAGUCUAGGUCUUAUAAUAAGGAGUGA